UUAAGAAUUAAAACCACGCCGCGUCGGUCCACCACGUACAAGUUUGAAGGCUGUCAGAUUCUCAGUAUUGCGCAAACGCCGGUUCUUGUAGUGCGCGCGCGUUCGCUCUGACGCUUAGACGAAUACAAUAUAGCACAAACAAAAAAUGAAUUUAAUUCAAUUAAAAAGUGUUCUUGGCUAUUUAUUUUUGCAUUUCUUUAUGGAAGCAGUGAACAGUAAAAGAUGUUGCCCCCCAGACCAAUACCUCCUCAAAAACGAAACAGUUUGCUGGGAUUCGCAAACGAAUGAAACUUCACAGAUUAAUAUGCCUUGUAAAAAAUAUGUGUUCAUAAGAAAGUUUAUAGAAAGAGAUGGAAAAUUGGUGCUUAUUAGCUUGGGGAAAGAAAUAGGGCCACUGAAUGUUAGUUUUUGUAUUAACGACGUGGCAGUUGGUCAAAGUCGUCUCAACUUGUCAAUAAUCCAAAACGUUGCCGUCACAUGUGCAACCGAAAUAGAUCCGAAAGAAACUGUUUUUGGAUAUUGUAUGAUUGUGUCCGUUAUUUUUCUGGCAAUAACGGUUGCCAUAUACAGUAGUUUUUCGAACUUGCGGGAUCUUUUUGGUAAAAGCAUCAUAAGUUAUUGUGGUAGCAUGGCAAUAGCUUUAGCCUUACUGGCAAUAAUAAAGCUAAUGGCAUAUUCGGAUAUGAGUUGGUGUGCUGUUCGAGGAUUUCUUGCGUACUUCUUUCUGAUAAGUAGCUUUUUCUGGUCAAAUGCUAUUUCAAUACAAAUUCUUCUCUGUUCUAGAGCACCGGCACUAUUUAGUGCCAAAAGUAGCUUCUUAUGGUAUUCCUUAUAUGCUUGGGGGUGUCCUGCUGUUCUCACAAUAUGCAUGGCAAUUGUAAAUUUUCAUCCUGGGGACCAUGCUAAGCCGGGACUCGGAUUAAAUCACUGUUGGUUUGCAAAUGAAUCGCAAAGAUGGUAUUACAUGUAUAGCGUUAUGUCGGUGCUAAUAAUUUUAAAUAUGUGCAUUUAUGUAUAUUGCGCAACACUUGUAUGUCAGAAGCCGUUUUCGUCGGCGCAUAUCAAAGAAAUGCGUUACAAAUUGUGGCUGAUGAUACGUCUUUUGGUGCUGAUGGGAUUGUUUUGGAUCUUCGAAAUGAUCAGUACAUUCACUGAAGCACAUAUUGUGUGGACUAUAUUGGACGUCUUCAACACUUUACAAGGCUUCCUAAUGUUUGUGGUACUUGUGGUCCUGCGUCCGCGCGUUAUCAAAACCAUCCACCAGCGCGGCCUCUUCUUUUGUAUGUCCGGAAUUGUGGAAAAAUGUUUGGCCGUGGUCGAUGAUGCGGAGGACGAAUGUAUCGUGCACACGGAGGUCGCUAUGACCGAUAAAUAGUCGGCCAUAGGCUAGAUGCAGUAUACCACCGGCAUAGAACAAGUUAUUGAAUAGUAUUUAUGUGUAAUGUAAGAGAUUAAGGAUGAUGAGCCUUUAGCGGCAGCUGUAACAUCCGGUUUUCGGAUGCUAUUAAUACUUCUGUGGAUGACGUCAUUUCAUAUUGACUCGUUGACUCACGGCAGUGUCUAGACUGUACUCACAUCCAAGUAGACAGUAACUGGUCGUUUACUAAUGUUAUCAAUAGCGUUUCUUAUUAUAAAGAUUUAUAAUAAGAGAUAAAAAUAUAUUUUAAUAAGGAUCCCUAACCAUAAUUUCGCUAUGUGGUAAUUUAUAAUGAUUUGAUCUGACAAUCAGCCAAAUUUUUGAGUGCUAUUAAUUCUACAUUACUUAUUUUAUUAUGGUAAUGAUAAUUAAAUUAAUUCGUAUCGUGUAUGUCCGUAUCUACGAAUGUAGACCAUAAUAAAUGUAAGCAUAAUAAAAUCAUAAUAAUAAUAUCUUUUUUUUUUUUUUUUUUUUUUUUUCAACUUAUAUGUCAGUAUGACACUCUUGUUGAAUGUCAAAAUACAAAUAACAAUGUUAACUCUACCACCGGUUCCAAAAAAAGCCAGUCCUGAGAAGAACCGGCGAAACAAACUCAGCGGGCUUUUUUUUUUGUUUUUUCUCAAAUAUUUUCUUUUUUUUAAAUAAAUAAAAAUAUUUACAAUAAAGGAAAAAACAAGUAAAAAAUACAAUUAAAAAAUAAUAAUAAUAAUAAUGAAACUUAUAGAUUAUAUCAGGAUCAUUAAAGGAUAUUAAAGGAUCAAAAUAAAAAAGUCAAACUACUAGUCUAUAGUAAUUAUGUAUUUGAUUGUUAAAAAAUUGCGUAUUGGGUCAUGAUUGCAUUGGAUAUAAAGAACUUCUCUAAAAUAUGAGAGGGCAGUAAUGCAUUUUGAUUAUUUAUCUAUAAACUUAAGAACAAAUAGCGUAUUAUAUUAAGUAGCUUCUCUAGAUAGUGUUAUACAAAAUUUUAAUAAAAAAGAAAACGGAUUUCAAAUAAAAUGAGACUAUCACCAAUGUAGGCGAUGUGAAUAUAUGCAUUAUUAAGGAUAACUAAGGAUAAAAGGAAACUACUAAUUAAAUCUUGAUAAAAAGGGACUACAGAAGCAUUAGCCUUCAAAUAAUAAUAAAAAAAACACCAAACUCGGUCAACCUAGAAAGAAGUUCUGAGGGAACAGACUUAUAAAUAGAGCCGAAUUAAUACCUAACCUCCUCCUUUUUUGAAAUCCUUUAAAAAAGGAUUUGACCGUUAACAAGAUUCCGUGUUUAUAAUUAUUAGUUAUACAAGUAAUCUUUACAACAUUAUUUGUUAAUACAUAAACAGCUUGGCUAAUUUAUUUGGAAUAUGUAAUAGCUUUUUAUUAUUCAUUUUAACAAUUUAGUUUUUAAGGCAAGAAUAUGUGACAAAAAACUUAGUUUGAAUUAGGAGUAUAUUGUAAUUUAAUGUCUGAUAAAAGAAAAGAAAAAAAAAACACAAAGAAUAAAA